UUCAGUUUUUAUGUAAAAANAAAAAAAAAAAAAAAAAAAAAAAAUGGCGUUGAACUGAAGCAAGCAAAGGCCUUAGCUUGGUCGUCGUCUUCUUCUUCUUCUUCGUCAACCUCUAUAUCGCUUCUGACUGUUAUUAAAAGUCUAUUAAGUAAAUGGCUGAUUUAGAGACUCCUUAUUAUCAUCCUGACCUUGAGGAUCUCCGGCGUAUACCAGUCGAUCUCUUCGCUUCCAAGAAACUUCCCGGUCUUUCCUCCGGAGAUCUCGGAUUUGCCGAUUCUUCCGAAAACCUCGUCUUCGUCCUCCGCAAAUCUUCUUCCUCUUUGAAAUCUCUCCUUGAUUCCUCCGGAGUUUCUCUUUUCACCAUCUCUCGUCUCCAUAAUGGAAUGUGGGAAUUACAUAAAGGAGAUGUGGACAAGCGUAAGGACUUGGUUUUAUCGGUGAAGCGGACAUCGAAAAGAUUCAGUAAGACAGAGUUAGAGGUCUCUUUUGCUGGUGAAUCUUCGGAACAUCUUGUUAUCAAAGGUUGCCCUUUUCAAAAAUCAUGUACCAUCUACAAUCAAGACUCCAUUGUCGCGCAGACGAGUUUGAUGUACAAGCUGAGACAGAUUUACGUAGGGAGAAGCAAGUUCCGGCUAACUAUAUUUCCGGGAUCCAUCGAUCAUUCUCUAGUAGUCGCAAUGGUAGCCAUGUUUCUUCAAGGUUGAAUAUGAAAAUCUCCUCAAUUUUUAUUAUUACUGUAAAGGUAAAAUGUGACAUUGCAUCCUUAUUGCCUUUUGUUUUGAUUCAAUCGGUUCACACGUGAAAUGUAGAUACGAGGAGUUUGUCCUUUCUCAAAGAUUUCGGUAUUAUGUACUGACUAGUUUACCAUCUCGCUAGUCAAACAUCAAAUGCUCUAAUCCUUAUGAUUAGUUUAUGGUUGUUGGAAACUUCCUUUGCUUAAUUAAUCAUCUUAUUCUACCA